ACCAACGAAAAAAAGACUUGUCUUAGAAAAGGGGAAGCCACACGGAAUGAUAGGUGUCAGGGUAAAAAAAGAAAAGAAAAAAAAAAGCUUUUCCUUUGUCUCUAAACUCUUUCUCUCUCUGUUCAUAGUGGAUGACACCGUCACGAAUCCAACGGCUCAGAAGCUAUUUCAUGAUGAUAAGGCCAUCGAGUUCAGGAGUGGACAAUGAGCAAUAACUCCUUCAGAGCAUAAUCUUUUGCGCAGUUACUGUUUCAAGGUACGAGAAUUUAUGCGUCUCUUUGCUCUCUGUUCAAUCUGUGAUCUGGGUUCCUCUGUCGACAAGCUUGGGAUCCAAAAGAUUCCAUCUUUUUUCCGAUUGUAAGUGUUCGUUUUCUUCAAUAUUUAACGUCCACUUCUUUUUUACUUGCUGGGUUGGGAUGGAGUGAGAGGACGAGACGGGUGAGUAGCCAUUUGUUAGAAUUGGUAUAUAUUGCUGAAAUUGGAGCGGGAAUCGAACGAAUUUGCAGUUCAUUGGGACUAUUGAAAUUGUUAAUAUCUUACGGCUUGCUGAUGUUGGGCCUUUAUAAUUUCUGAAUCAAAUUUUAUGAGGGGGAUUUGAAUUUGAUAGCUUGUUGUUGCUAAAUGCUGUUAGAUUGUGGAGGCGGAGACUUAUGAAUCCUCUUGCGCUUCUGCAAUUUCCAUUGGCCUCCAUUGGGUUAAUAAGCUGAUGGGGUGUUUAUAUUCAAAGGGCUGUUUCGGGGAGGUACUGGACUCGCCUAGAGAAUCUAGGCCGAAGAAAACUGGAUUGAGUGCAGUUGUGGGUGAUUCUGCCAUUUCUUCUGUUUCUUCUGACGGGGAAGGAGAAGAAGAUGAUCGGUUGCAUCAACUGAAUGUAACUAGGGACUCAGAUGCUGGCAUCAAUCGGUUGUCAAGGGUCUCGUCACAAUUUCUUCCCCCUGAGGGUUCAAGAACAGUUAGGGUUCCGCUAGGAAACUAUGAUUUGAGCUACUCUUACCUCUCACAGAGAGGAUAUUAUCCUGAGGCAUUGGACAAGCCGAACCAAGAUAGCUUUUGCAUUCACACCCCAUUUGGAAAUAACCCGGAUGAUCACUUCUUUGGUGUAUUUGAUGGGCACGGAGAAUAUGGGGCUCAGUGCUCACAGUUUGUUAAGCGGAAAUUAUGUGAAAAUCUACUGAGAAAUAGUCGACUUCAAACAGAUCCAAUUGAGACUUGCCAUUCUGCAUUCUUGUUGACUAAUUCACAGCUGCAUGCUGACAGCAUGUUGGAUGACACCAUGAGUGGGACUACUGCAAUAACAAUAUUGGUACGCGGAAGGAAAAUUUAUGUUGCAAACACCGGCGAUUCCAGGGCUGUGAUUGCCGAGAGGAGAGGGCAGGAGAUUGUGGCAGUAGAUCUGUCUAUUGAUCAGACUCCUUUCAGGAGUGAUGAGCUUGAAAGGGUUAAGAACUGCGGAGCUAGGGUUCUGACAUUGGAUCAGAUCGAGGGUUUGAAAAACCCAGAUGUGCAAUGUUGGGGAACUGAGGAAGAUGAUGACGGUGAUCCUCCGAGAUUGUGGGUACAGAAUGGAAUGUAUCCUGGAACGGCAUUUACGCGGAGUAUUGGGGACUCUAUUGCUGAGUCAAUUGGUGUUGUGGCAACACCUGAGAUAUUUGUCAUGGAGCUUACUCCUUAUCACCCAUUCUUUGUGAUUGCUAGUGACGGAGUGUUUGAGUUUCUCUCAAGCCAGAGUGUGGUAGAUAUGGUUUCGAAAUUUAAGGAUCCUCGUGAUGCGUGUGCUGCAGUUGUUGCUGAAUCAUAUAGACUUUGGCUACAGUAUGAAACACGUACUGAUGACAUUACUAUCAUUGUUGUGCAUAUUGAUGGAAUUACUGAAAUGGGAACUGGUCAAGCCGUAUUGAAAAUGCCAACGAGACCUUUGCAACAAAUUAUCGAAGUGAUCAAAACCGAUUCCCCUUCCAAUGUAAAGGACAACUCCAGGAUUCAUCGUGUAAGACAUGAUUUGUCAAGGGCAAGAUUGAAAGCCAUUGAGAGUUCUCUUGAGAAUGGUCACGCUUGGGUUCCUCCUUCUCCUUCACAUAGGAAGACAUGGGAAGAAGAAGCACAUAUUGAACGAGUAUUGCAUGAUCAUUUCCUUUUCCGAAGGCUUACAGAUUCUCAGUGCCAUGUUUUGCUGGAUUGCAUGCAAAGAGUUGAAGUUAAACCUGGUGAUGUAGUUGUUCAACAGGGAGGAGAAGGUGACUGCUUUUACGUUGUCGGAAAUGGAGAAUUUGAAGUCCUAGCUACUCAGGAGGAGCAAGGGAAGGAAAAGGUCAUGAAAGUUCUGCACCGAUAUACAGCUGAAAAGCUUUCGUCCUUUGGAGAGCUGGCACUUAUGUAUAACAAGCCACUUCAGGCAUCAGUUCGUGCAGUCACUGCUGGAACCCUCUGGACGUUAAAGAGAGAAGACUUUAGGGGAAUUCUUAUGUCUGAAUUUUCAAACUUAUCAUCCUUAAAGAUGCUUCGAUCAGUAGACAUUUUCUCAAGAUUAAGUAUCUUACAGCUGAGCCAUAUUGCUGGAUCUCUUGUUGAAGUAUCUUUUUCAGAUGGACAAACAAUAGUACAUGAGAAUGAUUGUCUUUCUGCAUUGUACAUAAUUCAGAAAGGUCGGGUCAGGCUUACGUACAACCCAGAUCAACUAAGUGAAAAUUCCUUGAGUCUCCUUUCUACUCAUCUUCAAACAGGAGAUCACAGUCAAAAUGUAGGUGAGUAUAUCGUGGAGGUCUCAGAAGGAAGCCAUUUUGGGGAAUGGGCUCUUCUUGGAGAAUCUGUUGGUUUCUUAACUGUAGUCUCAAUUGGUGAAGUGGUAUGUACCGUUGUGACAAAGGAGAAAUUUGAUUUAACAGUUGGACCUCUACCCAAACUUCUACCAGAAGAUCGCAAGCUGAAAGAUUCCCUCAAUUCUUCUAAAGAUUUCACAUUAAAGAAUGAAGCUCCAUCAGACACAAAGAUUCAGUUGUCAGAUUUGGAAUGGAAGACGUCUAUAUAUGCGACUGAUUGCAGUGAAAUAGGUCUUGUAUAUAUGACAGGUUCAGAUAGUAUUAGAAGCCUAAAGAGGUUUUCUAAGAAGAAAAUCAAAGAGCUUGGAAAAGAAGCACAAGUCAUGAAGGAGAGAGAUAUUAUGAAGAGCCUAGUCCCAUCAGCUUGUCUUCCACGAGUACUAUGUACUUGUGCUGAUCAAUCUCAUGUUGGGAUUUUGCUCAACUGCUGUCUGACUUGCCCGUUGACUUCUGUUCUUCAUACUCCUCUAGAUGAAUCCUCUGCUCAGUUUUUUGCAGCUUCAGUCAUUGUUGCUUUAGAAGAGCUACACAAGAAUAACAUUCUUUAUAGAGGGGUUUCACCUGAUGUUCUAUUGCUUGAUCGCACAGGAUACCCACAGCUAGUGGACUUCAGAUUUGGGGAAAAGCUAACAGAAGACAGAACUUUCACUAUAUGUGGGAUUGCAGAUUCUUUAGCUCCAGAGAUAGUACUGGGAAAAGGACAUGGAUUUGCUUCUGACUGGUGGUCAUUGGGGGUGCUGAUCUAUUUCAUGCUUCAAGCUGAAAUGCCAUUUGGGUCCUGGAGAGAAAGUGAACUGGACACAUUUGCAAAGAUUGCCAAAGGACAGCUAACUCUUCCACAGACCUUUAGUGUAGAAGUAGUUGACCUCAUUACAAAGUUACUAGAAGUUGAUGAGAUACGACGACUGGGAAGCGAGGGCCCUGAGCCCCUCAAAGCCCACUCAUGGUUUAACGGUUUAGAUUGGGAAGGGAUCAAAGAUGGAACCUUUCCAGUUCCUAGUGAAAUCACAUCACGGUUGGAUACUUACCUGGAAAAUUAUACAGAGGAUAUGACUUACCUGGAAAAUUAUACAGAGGAUAUGACUGUAUGUGUUUCCUCUCCAUCUCAAGAUUUAUCCGAACUAAAUUCCCCAGAGUGGCUUGAGGACUGGUGA